UGGGGUGAAAGAGAAAGGCCUUCCGACCCAAAUCCUAAAACCCCUCAAAAUCAAAUCAAGAACACACUCUUCAACGCUAUCCUUAUUCAUCUCCUCCCCAAUGGAAACCGCCAUAGCUUCUGCAAGUCAAGCUCCUUGUGGGCUGAAAACAAGGCCCCUUUGCUCUAAUUUUACUGCUGCUUCAGUUUCAGCUCUCGGUUGUUCUUUACCGGCCAGUAAGUCUCCAGCUUUUACCCGACGCGGCCGAGUUUUGGUCACCAGGGCUUCGGUUUCUGUUGAGGAGAAGACUAGGACGAAGACUGCAGUGAUCAGAAUCGGCACUCGGGGAAGCCCACUGGCUCUUGCCCAAGCUUAUGAAACCAGAGAUAAACUAAUCGAAUCACACCCUGAGCUAGCUGAGGAGGGGGCAAUACAAAUUGUAAUAAUUAAAACCACAGGUGACAAAAUUUUGAGUCAACCGCUAGCAGAUAUAGGUGGGAAGGGCUUAUUUACUAAAGAAAUCGAUGAAGCACUCAUUAAUAGUGAAAUUGAUAUUGCUGUCCACUCAAUGAAAGAUGUCCCCACGUAUCUUCCAGACAAGACAAUUCUACCUUGCAAUCUUCCACGGGAAGAUGUUCGUGAUGCUUUUAUUUGCUUGACAGCAGCCUCCCUGGCUGAGCUUCCUGCAGGGAGCACUGUGGGCACUGCUUCACUGAGAAGAAAGUCUCAACUUCUCAACAGAUACCCAUCACUAAAGGUGCUUGAGAAUUUUCGGGGCAAUGUUCAGACAAGGUUAAGAAAAUUGAAUGAGGGUGUUGUCCAAGCAACACUACUGGCAUUAGCAGGGCUCAAACGUCUAAAUAUGACUGAAAAUGUAACUUCUGUGCUGUCCAUUGAUGAUAUGCUUCCUGCCGUAGCUCAAGGGGCUAUUGGAAUUGCAUGCAGAAGUGAUGAUGAAAAGAUGGCUAGCUACUUAGCAUCGUUGAAUCACGAGGACACCAGAUUAGCUGUUUCAUGUGAGAGGGCUUUCCUGGAGAAACUUGAGGGGUCUUGUCGCACCCCAAUUGCUGGAUAUGCACGUCGAGAUGCAGAUGGCAAUUGUAUAUUCAAAGCGUUGGUAGCAUCCCCUGAUGGAACCCAAGUACUUGAAACCUCUCGAGAAGGUCCGUAUGCUUAUGAUGAUAUGAUAAAGAUGGGUGUGGAUGCUGGGGAGGAACUUCUCGCACGAGCUGGUCCAGGUUUCUUUAACCGAUGAUUGGUUCACCGACAGAUGAAGAGACAGACAUCUCAACUUAUAAAACUCACCUCUGAGGUUAGCGGUUAGGCGAUUCAUUUUUCUUGUAACUGUAGAAGAAAUCAAUUUUGGUAUAUGUACUCUAUGUAGCAUCAUAUUUUUUUUUAUUGUUUGUCCCACUGAAUUUUCUUGCGAGUGAA